CUAGCAACCAUGAUGGGUGAAAUGAAUGGAAGAAGCUGUUGAUGUUUACAAAGUGGGAAUAAACUUAUUGUUGUUGAUCUUGUGUCAGUUCCACUGGGAGUAUCAACAUAACAUGACACGAGCCUGAAACGGAACUCUGGUAAAAACGGUUCAAGUUGUGUCAUGGCGUUCCCUGAGCCCAGACCUCAGCUUCCUCAGCUUCCUCAACAUCUGCUCCACACAAUAGACUGUCAGCAGGGAGCUGUCAGGGCUGUUCGCUUCAACGCUGAUGGGAACUACCUGCUGUCCUGUGGCAGUGACAAAUCUCUAAAGCUGUGGAGUGUGAGCCGAGGGACCCUGCUGAAGACGUACAGCGGCCACGGAUACGAGGUCCUGGAUGCCGAUGGUUCCUAUGACAACAGCCAGCUGUGCUCCUGCAGCUCUGAUAAGACGGUGAUCCUGUGGGACGUUGCCACAGGCCAGGUCACACGCAAGCUCAGAGGUCACGCUGGGAAAGUCAACUGUGUCCAGUUCAACGAGGAGGCAACUGUCAUCUUGUCUGGGUCCAUAGAUGGAACAGUUCGGUGCUGGGACACCAGGUCAAGAAGAUUUGAGCCCAUCCAGGUUCUAGACGAGGCGCGUGACGGCAUCAGCAGCAUCAAAGUGGCACAACACGAGCUGCUUACCGGGUCAGUGGAUGGCAGAGUGCGGCGCUACGACCUGAGAAUGGGACAGCUACAUGUUGACUUCAUCAGCAGUCCCAUCACGUGUGUGUGUUUCAGUCAGGACGGUCAGUGCACUCUGAGCUCCAGUCUGGAUUCAACCGUCAGACUGCUGGACAAGAGCACCGGAGAGAUGCUGGGAGAGUACAAAGGGCACAAGAUGAAGGGCUAUAAGCUGGACUGCUGCCUGUCCGGUAAAGACACCCACGUCCUGAGCUGCUCAGAGGACGGACACGUCUACUGCUGGGACCUGGUGGAAGGAUCUUUGUCCUUAAAACUGCCAGUGGGGAAAGCUGUCGUCCAGUCACUGUCCUUCCACCCCACAGAGACCUGCCUCCUCACAGCCAUGGAGGGACGCGUCCAGGUGUGGGGGGCAGAGCCAGAGGAGACAGAGGAGGAUACGGUGGCCACAUAGAGAUGGUUUGGUACUGGAAUAAUCAGUAAAUCUUUUAACAAUGUGAGCAGCACCUGCAUCGACAAGAUCUUCUUCGACAGAUUAUCAGUCUGUGUUUAUGGCUGUUGGCUUUACAAAUAUCUAGCUCUCUAGAAAGGAAAGCAAAUGCCAACUAACACAAAUACAGAGUCACAAAAAUGUUGUUAAACUGUGGUUCACAGAUGUACAAAGUAUAUGACCUGGGUGUGAAUCUCAUUGUAGUUCAUGAUUGAAUCUAGAUUCAAUUCAUAAGAUUUAACUAAAUGAUCUAGAAUGUGAUUUUUUGUAUGUGUGCAAAACAUAUUUUUGUAAAAACCUUUGAAUAAACAUUUUCUUGUGUACAUU